AUGUAAAAUAAAGAAAUGUCUCAUUCUUUGUCUCUCAGAGCGGUGGGAAAGACAUGUCUUCUCAUCAGCUAUACCACCAAUGCCUUCCCUGGAGAAUACAUCCCCACAGUGUUUGACAACUACUCUGCCAAUGUGAUGGUAGAUGGGAAACCAGUGAAUCUGGGACUGUGGGAUACUGCAGGACAGGAGGACUACGACAGGCUCAGACCACUGUCCUAUCCACAGACGGACGUGUUCUUGACAUGCUUCUCUCUGGUGAGCCCUGCCUCCUUUGAGAACGUCAGAGCUAAGUGGUAUCCGGAAGUGCGUCACCACUGCCCCAACACCCCCAUCAUCCUGGUGGGCACGAAGCUGGACCUGAGGGACGACAAGGACACUAUUGAGAGGCUGAGGGACAAGAAGUUGUCCCCAAUCACCUACCCUCAGGGCUUGGCCAUGGCACGGGAGAUAGGUGCGGUGAAGUACCUGGAGUGCUCAGCCCUGACCCAGAGGGGGCUGAAGACGGUUUUCGACGAGGCCAUCCGGGCCGUCCUGUGCCCGCCACCAAUCAAAAAGAGGCGCAAGAAGUGCACCCUCUUCUGAGGGGGGGGGGGGUCUGCAAGAAAUUAAAACUGAAUCUACUGCUAAUCUAUCGCUGUCAGUGUCUCAAAUACUACCCUAGUCCCCCUUUAACACUGGCCAAAAGUAGUGCACUAUGUAGGGAAUAGGGUUUUUAUUUGUAAGGGAGUAGUAGUGCACUAUGUAGGGAAUAGGGUUAAUGUUUGUAAAGGAGCAGUAGUGCACUAUGUAGGGAAUAGGGUUGUUGUUUGUAAGAGAGUGGUAGUGCACUAUGUAGGGAAUAGGCAACGCUUCACAGAUAUAGGUUGAACUUGAAAUGUGUGUCCCAAAUUGCACCUGAUUCCUUAAAUAGUGCACUACCUUUGACCAGGACCCACAUAGGGAAUAGGGUGCACUACUUUUGACCAGGGCCCAUAUAGGGAAUAGGGUGCCAUUUGGGAAACAGACUAAGGCACAAUUAAUUGAACUCCUCUUUAGGACUUUUUUGUGACCGAUUCCUUAAAUCAAUUGGGUAAAUUGAAUGGGUCAGUGUCUCAGAGAGAGAGGCCAUUGAAUGGGUCAGUGUCUCAGAGAGAGAGGCCAUUGACUGGGUCAGUGUCUCAGAGAGAGAACAGGUCAGUGUCUCAGAGAGAGAGGCCAUUGAAUGGGUCAGUGUCUCAGAGAGAGAGGCCAUUGACUGGGUCAGUGUCUCAGAGAGAGAGGCUAUUGAACGGGUCAGUGUCUCAGAGAGAGAGGCCAUUGAAUGGGUCAGUGUCUCAGAGAGAACAGGUCAGUGUCUCAGAGAGAGAUACCAUUGAACGGGUCAGUGUCUCAGAGAGAGAGGCCAUUGAAUGGGUCAGUGUCUCAGAGAGAGAGGCCAUUGACUGGGUCAGUGUCUCAGAGAGAGAGGCUAUUGAAUGGGUCAGUGUCUCAGAGAGAGAGGCCGUUGAACGGGUCAGUGUCUCAGAGAGAGAGGCCAUUGAACCGGUCAGUGUCUCAGAGAGAGAGGCCGUUGAAUGGGUCAGUGUCUCAGAGAGAGAGGCCGUUGAACGGGUCAGUGUCUCAGAGAGAGAGGCCAUUGAAUGGGUCAGUGUCUCAGAGAGAGAGGCCAUUGAAUGGGUCAGUGUCUCAGAGAGAACAGGUCAGUGUCUCAGAGAGAACAGGUCAGUGUCUCAGAGAGAACAGGUCAGUGUCUCAGAGAGAACAGGUCAGUGUCUCAGAGAGAGAGGCCAUUGAACAGGUCAGUGUCUCAGAGAGAGAGGCCAUUGACUGGGUCAGUGUCUCAGAGAGAACAGGUCAGUGUCUCAGAGAGAGAGGCCAUUGACUGGGUCAGUGUCUCAGAGAGAACGGGUCAGUGUCUCAGAGAGAGAGGCCAUAGACUGGGUCAGUGUCUCAGAGAGAGAGGCCAUUGAAUGGGUCAGUGUCUCAGAGAGAGAGGCCAUUGAAUGGGUCAGUGUCUCAGAGAGAGAGGCUAUUGAAUGGGUCAGUGUCUCAGAGAGAACAGGUCAGUGUCUCAGAGAGAGAGGCCAUUGACUGGGUCAGUGUCUCAGAGAGAGAGGCCAUUGAACAGGUCAGUGUCUCAGAGAGAGAGGCUAUUGAAUGGGUCAGUGUCUCAGAGAGAGAGGCCAUUGAAUGGGUCAGUGUCUCAGAGAGAGAGGCCAUUGAAUGGGUCAGUGUCUCAGAGAGAGAGGCCGUUCUAGAGAUGGAGAUGGAGGAACAACCAUAAUGGGUUGUAAAUCUGAUACUGUCCUGAUUAACUCAACUUCUUUCCUUUAUAAGACAAAAUACAGAACUCACACAGACACACACAGGUGAUUGGUUUAUGUAUAUAACCAGUACAGUACUAUAAGACCAGGUGAUUGGUUUAUGUCUAUAACCAGUACAGUACUAUAAGACCAGGUGAUUGGUUUAUGUAUAUAACCAGUACAGUACUGUAGUACCAGGUGAUUGGUUUAUGUAUAUAACCAGUACAGUACUGUAGUACCAGGUGAUUGGUUUAUGUCUAUAACCAGUACAGUACUGUAGGACCAGGUGAUUGGUUUAUGUAUAUAACCAGUACAGUACUAUAAGACCAGGUGAUUGGUUUAUGUCUAUAACCAGUACAGUACUAUAAGACCAGGUGAUUGGUUUAUGUAUAUAACCAGUACAGUACUAUAAGACCAGGUGAUUGGUUUAUGUAUAUAACCAGUACAGUACUAUAAGACCAGGUGAUUGGUUUAUGUCUAUAACCAGUACAGUACUAUAAGACCAGGUGAUUGGUUUAUGUAUAUAACCAGUACAGUACUAUAAGACCAGGUGAUUGGUUUAUGUAUAUAACCAGUACAGUACUGUAGUACCAGGUGAUUGGUUUAUGUCUAUAACCAGUACAGUACUGUAGGACCAGGUGAUUGGUUUAUGUAUAUAACCAGUACAGUACUGUAGGACCAGGUGAUUGGUUUAUGUCUAUAACCAGUACAGUACUGUAGUACCAGGUGAUUGGUUUAUGUAUAUAACCAGUACAGUACUGUAGGACCAGGUGAUUGGUUUAUGUAUAUAACCAGUACAGUACUGUAGUACCAGGUGAUUGGUUUAUGUCUAUAACCAGUACAGUACUGUAGUACCAGGUGAUUGGUUUAUGUAUAUAACCAGUACAGUACUGUAGUACCAGGUGAUUGGUUUAUGUAUAUAACCAGUACAGUACUGUAGUACCAGGUGAUUGGUUUAUGUAUAUAACCAGUACAGUACUGUAGGACCAGGUGAUUGGUUUAUGUAUAUAACCAGUACAGUACUGUAGGACCAGGUGAUUGGUUUAUGUCUAUAACCAGUACAGUACUGUAGUACCAGGUGAUUGGUUUAUGUAUAUAACCAGUACAGUACUGUAGUACCAGGUGAUUGGUUUAUGUCUAUAACCAGUACAGUACUGUAGUACCAGGUGAUUGGUUUAUGUCUAUAACCAGUACAGUACUAUAAGACCAGGUGAUUGGUUUAUGUAUAUAACCAGUACAGUACUAUAAGACCAGGUGAUUGGUUUAUGUAUAUAACCAGUACAGUACUAUAAGACCAGGUGAUUGGUUUAUGUAUAUAACCAGUAUAGUACUAUAAGACCAGGUGAUUGGUUUAUGUAUAUAACCAGUACAGUACUGUAGUACCAGGUGAUUGGUUUAUGUAUAUAACCAGUACAGUACUGUAGGACCAGGUGAUUGGUUUAUGUAUAUAACCAGUACAGUACUGUAGUACCAGGUGAUUGGUUUAUGUAUAUAACCAGUACAGUACUGUAGUACCAGGUGAUUGGUUUAUGUAUAUAACCAGUACAGUACUAUAAGACCAGGUGAUUGGUUUAUGUCUGUAACCAGUACAGUACUGUACUGUAGGACCAGGUGAUUUUACUGGUCAGUUCAGGUCACAUGGUCAGGAACAAUUCUUACCCACAACAACUGGCCAAUGUGACAGAAAAUGAAUCCUCAAG